CCACUACGGUCCAUCGCACCGACCUAAGGAUGUUCACUCUCGUCCGAGUUCGCCGAGGGUCUACGGCGUCCGCGGACUAUCAGAUCACCCGCCGAACAGAGGGCCAUUCCCCUUGUCACGGCUGCAAUCAUACCUUCCCGCCUCCAUAAAAAGGUAGUCCGGACGGGCACGACGACCUGCCCUUUACAUUGCCUUUACAGUGCCCUCACAUCACCAGGAAGCCGACGGGUACUUGGAUCAGCGUCGGACGUUUAGCGCGCGCUGAACCCCUCUUUGUCUCUAUAUAUAUACGCUUUGAGGGGUAUUGUGGGUGAUACCCUCUCCCCUUCCCCAGUUGCUCUCAACACUUCUCUGGUGGACGCUACGAUCCUUUCCUGUAAACUACAUAGAAUCAGGUAGAGUAAGACGUUCGUUUCACCAUGGCUAAUGAAACCUCCGCGAUUGGUGAUUCGCUGUACGACUACAUACCCACCGAAUGGGUCUGCAUCAUCUUUAUCGCCCUCUUCUCAAUAACCACGAUCAUCCACAUCGGCGAAGCCACGAAAUUCCGCCUAUGGUGGCUGUUCCCUACCGCCGUCGUCGCCGGUAUAGCAGAGAUCAUUGGUUGGGCGGGUCGAUUAUGGAGUUCACACUCGCCACUUUCGUUGAACCCGUACCUCAUGCAGAUCACGACCACAAUCAUCGCGCCGACACCCCUCGUAGCAGCAAACUUUGUGAUUCUUGGUCGGAUCAUCGGGAUACUGGGGACGCAAUACAGUCGUCUAGGACCUACGCUUUAUACCAUCGUAUUCUGCGCAUGCGAUACGAUCGCACUGGUCGUGCAAGCAGUGGGUGGAGCUAGCGCAUCUGCAGCGGUCAAAUCUGGACACAAUCCCGCCAAGGGCGGAAACAUAAUGCUCGGCGGCAUCGUCUUCCAGCUCGUCGCGAUCGUAGCCUACGUCAUCCUCGCCUCCGAAUUCCUGUUGCGGUACUACCGCGACUCUCCCGUUCGCUAUUCAUAUUCUACCACCGUCACGGAUAAGGACGGGAACGCUGCGAAGGUGACGGGCGAGGAGGGGGGGAGGGGAAGGGUGGAUAGGAAGAUGAAGAUGAUGUUGUUGGGGAUGGUGGGCAUGACGAUUUGUUUGUUUAUCCGGUCCGUGUAUCGAACGAUCGAGCUAGCGGAUGGGUGGACGGGAAGGAUCAUCUCUACGCAGGUCUAUUUCAACGUCCUCGACGGCGCAAUGAUCACCCUCGCCAUGUUCACCCUAAACCUCUUUCACCCCGGCUUCCUCCUCUCUUCCCCGCCCGCCAACGCAUCAAUCAAAGAACUCGACGGUGAGAUUCCGGGAACUGAGGUGAAUGGAAGGGUCCAGGAAACAGAAAAAGAAGGGAGGACGAGCGAGGAGACUGCUUGAGCUUUAAGAUUGCGGUUGUGAUCGAGGGUGGGGCCCGGUGCGGGAUACGCUGAGUACUAGUUGAGGUGAGAUCAUCGCUCGGGCGUGUGGGAUGAUUAUUAUUAUAAUGAUGCGUCGAUGGAACGCGUUGUGGGGAUGAUGUGGAUGGCCCGGGAUCUGUCUCACCCUCUUCUUAUCGUUCUCGUUUCUGAUACUGUACGUAGGCUACGCUUAUCAUUCACUAGUUUCUCGGUAUUUUGUAAUAUUAAUGUAGAGGGGCACUUUGGAGGAUACGUGCUUGCCGCAAGGCGCAGCUAUU